GUUUUAUACACGUCAGUAUCUAAAAAGCUAAUUUAUAAAAAUGAGUACUGUGAUCCCGGACCGUGUCUUGACCUGGUACUGGGUAUGUGGUUUAUCACGUGACUGCAGUGUACAUUGUACACUGGGUUUACUUGGUCACUACAUGUAAUAUGGUCUAAUCGAACUUUGUUCGUAUGUGCACUCCAUAGGACGAUCCACCAUUAUACUAUCUGGUAUCUGUCAGAGUACCUGUACUAGUGAGUGCAUCAGGUGCAGAGAUGAUGCAACAUAUUGAAAUAUGAAGAGUAAAUUUGUACUGAUUGGCAUUGAUUUUGAAACCAGAUUUCUUUUAUCUUUUUAACGUAUGUAACAGUAUGUAGUGUAUCGAUAUCCAUCUGAAAUGUUCUCAAGUUUUAGAAUUUUUUUCAAUUAAAGUUUAGAAAUUUGAUAAUAAAGAAUAAAUGUGUUAACAUUCCGAACAUGAUUUAUAUUUUGUCUUCUACGAUUUUUAAAAAGUUGAAUAUCUGAAAUUUAUCAGUUCGAUGAUUUGGCUUGUUGACUUUCCACCUUGACUAUAUGAAAAUGAAUUAUGGACACCUAUUUUUUUAAACAAAUCUUGGUAGUACACGCAUUAAGAUUUAUUUUUGUAGACAUUGUGUCUAAAUUUCAAAUUUUUAUCUAUUGGAUUCAGAUUUUUUUUUAUGGCUUUGUGUAGAUUAGGCAAGUUUGGUUGAGUUUUGGUAUGAAGUAAGAAGCAAACGUUUAGGAUACAAGUAUUACAAAACAUAAAAUCUGUUAAUUCAUAAUUAUAUAAUAUAUAUACACGGGACGCUCUGUGUCCAUCUCCAUUCAUAGUUUUACUUUCCGUGCAAUAAACUCAUGUUGUUUUGGUUUUAUCAACGUCCUCGAGCAUUUUUCACUCAUGGAGACUUCACCAUUGCCGGUGAAGGGCUGCAAAAAUUUAGGCCUGUGCUCGGCGCUUACGGCCUUCGAGCAGGGAGGGAUAUUUAGUGUGUCACACCUACUGUGACACGGGGCCUCGGUUUUUGCGGUCUCAUCCUAUUAGUCGCAUAAUACCAUUUACAUGUAGUCGCCUCUCCUGACAAGCAAAGGGCACUGAAGACCUAUUCUAACCCGGGUCCUCACGGGACUAUAAACACAUGUAACUGAAACGGAUUUGAAAUUACAUAUGUAUUUAGAUAUGCUUUUGAAAGUAUUCAGUUAUGUGUAGCUGAGAACAAUCUCAAUUACAUGUACCUUCAAAAAUGUAAUUCAUGACAGCUAUUUACAAUUACUGAUUUCAAUUGCUCCAAAUGUAUGUAUACAUACAAAGUUCGAGACUCAAAUUAUCACGAAUGUACAAAAUGAUUACAAAACAUAAACAGUAAUAUACACCUGAGUAGUGUUAUCACUGUAUGUAACAGGAAUCUUCAUCCCACACCGACGCAGAUGUCGCGGAUAAACACCAUUAUCUUUCGUCUUGAUUAUGAAUGAGAGCACACAGCUGACACAGAGUGGACAAUAUUUGCUUAGCCUAAUGCGAGAUAUUCCAGGACAACACAAGCCAAACAUGCUUGUUGAUGUUCAGCGACGUAACGUGAAUACGUCAUCAUCACCAUCUACUAUAAAAGCCCUGAGACCCAAACGAUACAAUCAUCUUACGGACAACUGGAUGAAAUACACAGUCAUAUACAUCUACCUAUUUCAGCUUCCUUGUCAGUAUCCUAUCUGAUUGAAACGUCUAUCGAAUUUCAAAACUACCCGGUACCUGUUUCUGCUUAUGUUAGCUACUUCUAUACAGUGUAUCAGUGAAAAUGCAAAACGGAAACUUGGAGAGAUUAUGGAUAUUUUCAAAGAACGCCAAGAAGAUAUACCAGACGAAUGUGUUGGGAGAGACACUACACUCGAUUGACGUUGAUCCUGAAUGGCAAGUGUCCGGAAUAUGUGUAACCCGCGAAGAGGAACUCCUCGUUUGCUGCAAAGGCGAUCAGACGAUCAAGAAAUGUACGAAAAGCGGUUCCGUGAUUGAUUUGAUCAACAUGGCUCCCCUGAGACCAAUAUCGAUCUCGACUUCUUGGUCAACUGGGGAAAUACUCGUUGGGGCCAUCGACAGUUCCAUUUCUGAUGAAGACUCUUUCCGUUCAUCAACGGGACGCAGGGUUGUUUUCAAAUACACUAGUUCCGGUGAAAAGACCAUUGAAAUUCAAUUCGUUUCCCUUGGAGUGCCAUUAUUUAACGUUCCUUGGAAAAUUCAAGUUGGAACAAAUGGAGACAUUGCCGUCUGCAAUAUGAAAAGUGAAAAAGAAGGAGAGGUGAUUCUUCUGGAUAAAUAUGGUCGAUUGAAGUUCCGAUAUGACAGCAAGGAAUCUAAUGCUGAUGAUACCAAGACAAAAUUUUGUCCUGUUGGAAUUUGUUUUGAUGACAAAAAUAAUGUUGUAGUGAGUGAAGCCCAUUCUUAUUCCGUGCAGCUGUUAGACACUCAGGGUCAGUUUCAGGGAGUCCUCUACAGAAACAGGCGGUACCCUCCCACCGAUAUCGUGAGAUGUACAAACGGAGAUCUGAUGGUUGGUUGUUCUAGCGGCAAAGUGCAUAUCUUGAAAAGUAACUGAUCUGCUUUUGUUACCAUCAUCAAAACUUUCUCCAUAGCUCUUUGAAAAGAAGACAGACGGCAUUUAGUGAAUUGCAGUUGGAGUCAAUAUCUGAGUGAUUUCUUGAUGUACAUAGUUCUUAUGUUUUAUAACUUUAUUACUUUUAUUAUUGCCUGUAUUGUUUUAUUGUACGAUAUCAAUCGAUUAUUAAAUAAACAAUGAAAUCUUA